AUCAUAGUAAGUAUUAUUCGUUUCCCCUUUUUCCCUCUGGGAAAGUCGUCAUUUCUCGUAAGCCAAAUACACACACACACACACACGCAUAAUAGUUGUUUGGUCCGCGAGACGGAUUGAAACCAACAUCACUCUCAAAUUCAGAGAUCUUCAGAUCAGCUAGGUUUGGUGUGCUUUGUGAUUUAGACAUUGUCCAACCGGCGAAGCCAACAUUUUACGGAAUACAAUGUUGUGUUGUUGGUCUUUUGGGAUGUGGGAGCUUGUCUGAGGUAGUAGAAUGGAAAAUAAAAGAAUAGAAGACCAUGAACCCCGACCAGUUCCGCCGGUGAGGGUUGACAGAUUUGGAUUUGUAAAGCAAGAACUUAUUAACUCUCCUGAUGGUUUAACCAAGGGCAGGUCAGCUUUUGAGUGUGAGAGGGAGGAAAGGAGGAUUAGAAAAUGGAGGAAAAUGAUUGGGGUCGGAGGGAGUGAUUGGAAGCAUUACGUUAGGAGGAAACCUCAUGUUGUUAAACGGCGUAUUAGAAAAGGAAUUCCUGAUUGUCUAAGGGGUCUUGUCUGGCAGUUGAUCUCAGGAAGUCGGGACCUCUUGCUGAUGAACCCUGGGGUUUAUGAGCAACUAGUAAUCUAUGAGACAUCAGCUUCAGAACUGGACAUUAUUCGGGAUAUAUCUCGUACCUUUCCUUCUCAUGUUUUCUUCCAGCAGAGACAUGGACCUGGUCAAAGGUCCCUCUACAAUGUUUUAAAGGCAUACUCUGUAUAUGACAGGGAUGUUGGAUAUGUUCAGGGUAUGGGAUUUGUAGCUGGUCUUUUGCUUCUCUAUAUGAGUGAAGAAGAUGCAUUUUGGUUAUUGGUUGCAUUACUGAAAGGAGCUGUACAUGCCCCAAUGGAAGGAUUAUAUUUGGUCGGGUUGCCUCUUGUACAACAAUAUCUUUUUCAGUUUGAACUUUUGGUGAGGGAGCAGUUACCGAAGCUGGGAGAGCAUUUUACUCAAGAAAUGAUAAACCCUAGCAUGUAUGCAAGCCAGUGGUUCAUUACUGUUUUCUCAUACUCUUUUCCAUUCCAUUUGGCUCUUCGAAUUUGGGAUGUCUUUCUCUUUGAGGGUGUAAAAAUUGUUUUUAAAGUUGGUUUGGCCCUUUUGAAAUAUUGCCAUGAUGACUUGGUAAAAUUACCUUUUGAGAAACUCAUACAUGCUUUGCGCAACUUCCCCGAGGAUGCAAUGAACCCGGAUACUCUAUUACCAAUGGCCUACUCAAUCAAGGUAUCGAGGCGUUUGGAGGAAAUGAGGCAGGAGUAUGAAAAGAAAAAUGGGAAGCUGGCAGAGUCCAGUGUGAAGCAGAAACAGCAGCCACUUGACAUUGCGUCAUAAUAGGGAGCCAAGUUGUGAAUUACAUGCAUGAUUUUUUUCAUUCUUUUGUUUUGUGAACAAGAGACUUUUUCUACCCAUAAGCCCCUCCAAUCUAGACAAAGUUAUAGGAUUCAAAUAUCUUUGAUUAAUCCAUCAUAUAAGCUAGUUAGCACCUUUCUAAAAAACAGAAGCUACAAAUGUGCAGGUUGAAAUGUGCAGGUUGGUUUACAAAUUAGUAGUAAAGUUGCAUAUUUUUAAGUCAUCCAAUCCAAGAAUCAUAUAUACACACAUUGCUCUGCAUUCUCAUCUCCUAGAUAGUUUACUCAGCUAACAUGAUUAUCAUGUUCUCACACCUCUCUGAAACUUGGUCAAGUGUAAUUAGUUUUAAGAAAAGUUUAUGAGAUGAGAAUGUAACUUUUAUUACUGUAGAGAACUUGAUUACAACUUUGUUGUUUGGUGAGAGGCAAAUGAACUCCCACCUCCUUAUUAUAUAGGUGAAGAACCUUAUAAUGAAUGGUUAGGAUUUGUACAUAUUUUAAAACUUAACAAAGAGAAAAAUUUAAUUGUGCC